CUCACUUCCUCUUGGUAAGUGAGGAAGUUUCAGGCAGUUAAUUCGACGCCUCAUUCGUUGUUUCACUGAGCUGUCAACAUUUAAUUGUGAGGCGACUACAUUCGAUAUAAAAUAUAUAUAGCCAGCUAGCUAGCUAUACUUCUCUGCAACAACGUUUUUCUUUUUGAAAACAGCUGCUCUCGUCUUACUAUGACUCUCAGGUGAUCGUCAAAGAGUCCAGGUGGUUCUGCUGUGCUCUGUGGGCUUGGUGACUUAUCUGCAGAAUGGAGAAGGAAGAACUGAAGAUCGUGAAUAAGGAUGAGGAGGAUGAGAUGGAGCUCCAGGGGUACCGUGUGUGUCGGUGGCGUGUGGCAGUGGUGAGCCUGGGGGUGCUGUGUACAGGGGGUUUCCUCCUGCUGCUGCUCUACUGGAUGCCAGAGUGGUGUGUGAAGGCCACCUGCACCCGGACCACCGUCAGAGAGGCCGAAGUGGUGCUGCUCCAAUCCACCGAUGACUUUAAGCGCUGGUUCCUGGCCAAGGUGCGUGUGAUGCUGGCCCCUGGAAAGAACCCCUUUGACAGCCUGGAGACUCAGACCACUCCCCCCAUGGCCAAUGGACACUCCCCCCACCCCUCGGACGGCUUCACCCAGGAGUUAAUCAGGAAGUACGCAGAGUACCAACCCACUCAGAUUCGCUAUUUUACACUCCAUAGCACAAAGUACUACUGGAACGACGAGGUCCAAAAUUUUGAAGUAUUAACGGGCCUGGAGGACCGAGAGGUGACCUGUUCCACCGUCCACUCAGAGCACAGCACGGGGCUCACCAGCAACCAGCAGGAGUACAGGAGACUGUUUUUCGGAGUGAAUGAAAUUGCAGUGAAAGUGCCUUCAGUUUUCAAGCUGCUAAUCAAAGAGGUCCUCAACCCUUUCUACAUCUUCCAGCUCUUCAGUGUGAUCCUGUGGAGUGCUGAUGAGUACUACUACUAUGCCGCAGCCAUCGUCUUUAUGUCGGUCAUUUCCAUAGCUACCUCGCUGUACACCAUCAAAAAGCAAUACGUCACGCUUCAUGACAUGGUGUCAGCACACAGUAUUGUCCGAGUUUCAGUCUGCAGAGCCAGCAACGACAUCGAGGAGGCCCUGUCCACUGACCUGGUGCCUGGCGACGUCAUGGUCAUCCCUAGCAACGGGACCAUUAUGCCCUGCGACGCGGUGCUGGUCAGCGGCACCUGCAUCGUCAACGAGAGCAUGCUGACAGGCGAGAGUGUGCCAGUCACCAAGACCAACCUCCCCAACCCGGGCGAAGGGGACAAGGAGGGUGACGCAGCUUACAGCAUGGAGGAGCACAAGAGACACACCCUCUUCUGUGGCACGCACGUCAUACAGACCCGCUUCUACUCAGGGGAGCUGGUCAAGGCAGUGGUGGUCCGCACAGGUUUCAGCACGGCUAAGGGCCAGCUGGUGCGCUCCAUCCUCUACCCCAAGCCCACCGACUUCAAGCUGUACCGCGAUGCCUAUCUCUUCCUGCUGUGCCUGGUGGCUAUAGCUGGCAUCGGCUUUGUCUACUCCAUCGUCCUCAGCAUCAUGAACAAUGUGCCAGCCAAGACCAUCAUCAUUGAGUCCCUGGACAUCAUCACCAUCACCGUGCCCCCCGCGCUGCCCGCUGCCAUGACGGCGGGCAUCGUUUACGCCCAGCGCCGCCUCAAACGCAUCGGCAUCUUCUGCAUCAGCCCCCAGAGGAUCAACAUCUGUGGCCAGCUCAACCUGGUCUGCUUCGACAAGACAGGUACACUCACAGAGGAUGGAUUAGACCUGUGGGGAGUCCAGAGAGUGGAGAAGGGGACUUUCCACCUGUCAGAGGAGAAUGCCUAUAAUGACACUCUGGUUAAGUCCCAGUUUGUAGCCUGCAUGGCCACCUGCCACUCUCUUACAAAUAUCGAUGGAAAGCUGUCCGGAGACCCUCUGGAUCUGAAGAUGUUCGAGGCCACAGGCUGGAUCCUGGAGGAGGCCACUGAGGAGGAGACCUCCCUCCACAACCGUAUCAUGCCCACCGUGGUGCGGCCCCCCAAGCAACUGAUGCCCCCCGAGCCCGUCGUGUCACCUGAACAGGACAUGGAGCUGUAUGAGUUGUCGUCGGCCUAUGAGAUUGGUAUCGUGCGUCAGUUCCCCUUCUCCUCGGCGCUGCAGAGGAUGUGUGUGGUGGCCCGUCUGCUGGGGGAGAAGCGCAUGGACGCCUACCUCAAGGGGGCGCCAGAGGUCGUGGCCAGCCUCUGCAAGAAAGACACUGUUCCAGAAGACUUUGCAGAGGUUCUGGAGGACUACACCAAGCAGGGCUUCCGGGUCAUCGCCCUGGCCCACCGCCGCCUCGAGUCCAAACUCACCUGGCACAAAGUACAGAACGUCAACAGGGAUCAGAUGGAGGCCAACAUGGAGUUCCUGGGGCUGAUCAUCAUGCAGAACAAGCUGAAGGCUGAGACCUCUGGGGUACUGCAGGACCUCCACAGGGCACACAUCCGCACCGUCAUGGUCACAGGUGACAACAUGUUAACGGCCAUCUCGGUGGCUAGGGACUGUGGCAUGAUUCCCCCUCAGGACCAGGUCAUCAUCGCCGACGCGCUGCCCCCUAAAGAUGGCCAGGCAGCCAAGAUCACUUGGCGCUACGCAGACAACCCCAGCAAACACGUGGGCAAAGCCCCACGCUUGGAGGAAGUAGAGAUCAAUCUAGAGGAUGUGCGUCACACUCACAAGCCUCAGGACCAGUACCACUUUGCUAUGAGUGGCAAGUCCUUCGCUGUCAUCACCGAGCACUUUCAGGACCUGCUGCAGAAGUUGGUGCUGCAUGGCACCGUGUUUGCCAGAAUGGCCCCCGACCAGAAGACCGAGCUCAUUGAGGCACUGCAGAGUGUGGAUUAUUUUGUGGGCAUGUGUGGAGACGGCGCAAACGAUUGUGGUGCUUUGAAGAGGGCUCACGGUGGGAUCUCUCUCUCUGAGCUGGAGGCCUCUGUAGCAUCUCCCUUCACUUCCAGGACCCCCAACAUCUCAUGUGUGCCUAGCCUCAUCAGAGAAGGGCGAGCGGCUCUCAUCACCUCCUUCUGUGUGUUCAAGUUCAUGGCCCUCUACAGCAUCAUCCAGUACAUCAGUGUCACCCUGCUCUACUCUAUCCUUAGUAACCUGGGAGACUUCCAGUUCCUCUUCAUCGACAUCGCAAUCAUCCUCCUCGUAGUCUUCACCAUGUCUCUGAACCCAGCGUGGAAGGAGCUGGUGUCGAGGCGUCCCCCCUCAGGUCUGAUCUCAGGCCCUCUGCUGUUUUCCGUGCUGACUCAGAUCCUCAUCUGUCUGGGCUUCCAGACCAUUGCCUUCCUCUGGGUCCGACACCAGGCCUGGUACCACAUCUGGACGCCACAGUCCGAUGCCUGCAACUCGUCCCUCCGUGCCAACUUGGGGCCAGAACACAACUCCUCAGAGGAGAGGGACGACCACAACAUCAAGAACUACGAGAACACCUCCCUGUUCUACGUCUCCUCCUUCCAGUACCUCAUCGUGGCCAUCGUCUUCUCCAAGGGGAAGCCCUUCAGACAGCCCAGCUACAAAAACUGGCCUUUUGUGGUGUCAUGUAUUGGCCUGUACAUAUUUCUGUUCUUCAUCAUGUUUUACCCUGUGUCUGCUAUCGAUGAAUUCCUAGAGAUUGUGUGUGUUCCGUUUGAAUGGAGAAUCACUCUGUUCUUCAUCAUCAUAGUCAAUGCAGCCGUGUCUGUAUUGGUGGAGACCCUCGUCCUUGACGUCGUCUUAUGGAAGCUUGUCUUCAGCCGAGACAAGCAGGGCGGCUAUGGCACCACCCAUGCCGCUCCAACAACACAGGGGGGCAUCGACCUCUGGGGAGCCAAGUGUCUGUCGUGGCUGUGCUGCCGCCGGAGGAAGGUACCCAAGGCGCGCUACAUGCACCUGGCCCAGGAGCUUAGCGUGGACCCCGACUGGCCCCCCAAACCCACCACCACCACCGAGGCCAAGCCCCCACUGCCCAGCAACCCCCCUGAAAACGGCUCCUCCUACCAGAUAAUGGCCGACUCCUAGCACCCCCCCGCCCCACACUUGGCUAAAGCAAACACACACACUCACGACAAAAAGAAACAGUGGUCUAUGGAAAGAACAAGGCGAAAGAUGGGGUGAUGGUAGAAAGGGAUUUCGGGGUGAAGAAAUGGUAGUAUGGAUCUCUUCAUGCUCUUUGCUGCUCAGAUCCAGCACACUGUUCAGAACCUGGCUGGUUACGUAACCCUCACCAACCAAACUCCUCAACCUGCCACCACCCCCUGGUAUACAAUGGUUGGUCUACUACACAAAUACACCCCCAGUAUGGUCUACUCUAUAUCCACCCCGCCUUCAGCUGGUCUACCUGCAGUCCAUGUUGUCACAGGCUGGGUCCUGUGGCAGAGUCAGACCCCUGUGUCAUUAUUAUGAGAUUAAUCAUUGCCUCACUGCUUUUUAACCCUUGCAGAACUAUGCAGCAAACUGACAAACUCCAAUCUUAGUCUUAAAACGGUAAUGAUUUCUACAAUUGUAAUUGGUGUUGCCGUGAUUCCUCCAGGAGCUCCAGACCUUCUCGCAUUUUUACUUUUGUUUGUAAGCAGCCACCAGCCAUCUCCACUAACAUGGAUAUCAUACAGGGGACUUGAAGCAUGGAUGUGCAUGAACCCAGCUCCGUAUAGCCAUUGUUAUAUGGUGGUUGGAAUACUACUGCUUACCCAACAGUACUGUAGUAUUAAUAUUGCUGAACAGGGACCAGAACCUUUUUGUAUUAUGAAACAAGGCAUAACAAGAGGCAGCAUGCAAACGGCUUGGAAUCACGGGUAGCAGCAACCCCCCCCCCCUGCAUGUAGAAACCAUCCAAAGGCGAAUAGACUUGCAAAAUCAUGUCAAACUGGCCUCACAUGGGCUAGCGUUGCUCCGCAUGGAGAAGGUCUGUCUUUAAAAAAGAAAGAAAAAAAUGUGAUCCUGUCUGUAUUGGAAAAAUAAUUGAGGUAUGAUAAUGGUGAAAGGCGAGGCAUUGUGAAAUUCAUUACCUAGCCGUAUGCGUGUGGUCUCUCUCCAUACAGCCAUGCAACUGGCAAGAUACUGUACUACCAAUGUAUACUGCGCUAAAGCCAUAGCAGCAUGAAUGUAUUGUAUUAGCAUUGCUCACUGCACAGUCAAAAGAGAAAUCAAAGGGCUUAACUCAUUGUCCAUCAGAGCAGGCUGCUGUGUAGAGAUAUAGGAUGACGUGCUCAUUGUAAUGGAUGAAUUAAUUUAAUUCCAACCCUUACAAGUCCGUCCUCCUAUAUCUCCGCCCACCAGCCACCACUGUUAUCCACAUUUUCAAAGAUACAAUACACACUCUGUCACUGUAUAUAUUUUGUACAUUGUGCAUUGCUGUCCAGCCUCAUGAUGUGUUGACAGUGUUGUACAUGUCAUAUUUUCUGCCAGUCAGUCAUAAGCCAGUCUUUCUCCUCAUAGUAGCAGGUCGUCAGAGAUCCUAGUUUGUGUUCAUCUGAUGUAAAUAUUUUAUUUGAUGACAUUCAAAAUGUGUGUGAGAAUUGCCGGAAACACAAUACUGAGAGGUAUCGCUAGAAUGCCAGUUCAAAUCUUUAAAUAUGAUGUAUUUACUUGGUGUUAAAGGUCCAAUGCAGCUGUUUUUAUCUCAAUAUCAAAUCAUUUCAGGGUAACAAUUAAGUUCCUUACUAACCAGGUUUACAUCCAACCUUUUUAUGCGAGUAAAGUACAUAAAAAAUGUCAUGACAGGCCUGAUGGAAACCAUUUUUUUCCCCGGUAAACUUUCCAAAUGUCGAUAAAACAAAAUCCACUAGACAGGGUGGGAUCUUUUUGUCUGUAAAAUUAAUUAUAUGGGGGAAAAAGUAAUGCUUUUAUGAUAUAGUAACCAUCAUAUCGAAGUGAACUUGGAGUCACGCGAUGAAGUGUGGUCCUCCCACUAAUAUUCAUCAGGAAAGCAUGCAGUUUAUUAGGUUACAGAUCUAAAUAAUUGAUGAUGAACUUCAAAGGGUGGUGAAAGUGCAUGCAAGUAGAUGCGCUUAAUUCUUUCCAGUAAAUAUCGAGGGUCUUAUUUUGGUGACAUAAUAAUUCAUUCUUGGCUGCAGUUUAACAAAUAAAAAUAGUCUUGCUCUUUUGUCCAUAAUCAUAAUAAUCUCAUGUAGUCUAUAUGUGAGCUCUAAGCAAAAAAUGGCUUCUUAGCAAAUAGCAAUUUUGCUGGGACUGUUUGGGAGUGGUCCGAGUGGAGCGGGAAAAACUUAGAAUUAGCUAUUAUUGGCAGAGGUUUUGACCUCUUUCUUAUUGGUCUAUUAAAUAAUUCACCACCUGGUGGAGUCACCAAGCAGGCCAAAACGCCACCCCAACAGCUCUUACACUAAGUGGUUAUCAUUUUCACAAGUUCACAGUAUAAUUCCAACCUCAGUGAAAAUAUAAACACAGAAAAAUCACAUUUUUGACUUCACUGGGCCAUUAAGUCAGUGUUAACUCAUUUUUUUUAUUUUUCAGAUUCACAACAACAGAUGUCCUAGUUAUACAUGAUCAAACCUUCCAGAUCUCUACUAGACAUACACUACCGUUCAAAGGUGUGGAGUCACUUAGAAAUGUCCUUGUUUUUGAAAGAAAAGCACGUUUUUGUACAUUAAAAUAACAUAUAAUUGAUCAGAAAUGCAGUGUAGACAUUGUUAAUGUUGUAAAUGACUAUUGUUGCUGGAAACAGCGGAUUUUUUAAAUUGGAAUAUCUACAGAGGCCCAUUUUCAGCAACCAUCACUCCUGUUUUCCAAUGGCACAUUGUUAGCUAAUCCAAGUUUUUAUAAUUUUAGAAGGCUAAUUGAUCAUUAUAAAACCAUUUUGCAAUUAUGUUAGCACAGUUGAAAACUUGUGCUGAUUUUAAAGAAGCUUUUAAACUGGCCUUUAGACUAGUUGAGUAUCUGGAGCAUCAGCAUUUGUGGGUUUGAUUACAGGCUCAAAAUGGUCAGAAACAAAACUUUAUUCUGAUACUCGUCAGUCUAUUCCAUGCGAGAAAUUGCCGAUCCCCUACAACGCUGUGUACUACUCCCUUCAUAGAACAGCGCAAACUGGCUCUAACCAGAAUAGAAAGAGUGGGAGGCCCCGGUACACAACUGAGCAAGAGGACAGGUACAUUAGUGGUAACUAGUAACAGGUAACAGGUAACUAGUGUCUAGUUUGAGAAAGACGCCUCACAAGUCCUCAACUGGCAACUUCAUUAAAUAGUACCCGCAAAACAACAGUCUUAACGUCAACAGUGAAGAAGCUGAGAUGGCUUUUUCUUUGCAGCUCUGCCUAGAAGGCCAGCAUCCCGGAGUCGCCACUUCGCUGUUGACGUUGAGACUGGUGUUUUUGCGGAUACUAUUGAAGCUACUAGUUGAGGACUUGUGAGGAGUCUUUCGCAAACUAGAUUCUCUAAUGUACUUCUCCUUUUUCUCAGUUGUGACCUUCCACUCCUCUUUCUAUUCAGGUUAGAGAGUUUGCGCUGUUCUGUGAAGAGAUUGGUACACAGCGUUGUACGAGAUCUUCAGUUUCUCACAUGGAAAAACCUUAAUUUCUCAGAACAAGAAUAGACUGAUGAGUUUCAGAAGAAAGUUUUGUUUCUAGCCAUUUUGAGCCUCUAAUCGAACCCAUAAAUGCUGAUGCUCCAAAUACUCAACUAGUCUAAAGGCCAGUUUUAUUGAUUCUUUAAUCAGAACAACAGUUUUCAGCUGUGCUAACAUAAUUGCAAAAGGGUUUUCUAAUGAUCAAUUAGCCUUUUAUAAUGAUAAACUUGAAUUAGCUAACACAAUGUGCCAUUGGAAUACAGGACUGAUAAUGGGCUUCUGUACGCCUAUGUAGAUAUUCCAUUUUAAAAAACUGCCGUUUCCAGCUCCAAUAGUCAUUUACAACAUUAUCAAUGUCUACAAUGUAUUUCUGAUCAAUUGUAUGUUACUUUAAUGGACAAAAAAUGUGCUUUUCUUUCAAAACAAGGACAAACAGUUUUUGAACGGUAGUGUAUAUUGUUCCUGAUAUUGAGUGUUGGUAAUAUGACACAGGUGACUUUGGAGCGUUGGUAAUAUGACACAGGUGACUUUGGAGCGUUGGUAAUAUGACACAGGUGACUUUGGAGCGUUGGUAAUAUGACACAGGUGACUUUGGAGCGUUGGUAAUAUGACACAGGUGACUUUGGAGCGUUGGUAAUAUGACACAGGUGACUUUGGAGCGUUGGUAAUAUGACACAGGUGUAUAAAGAAUGCACAGUAGAGAGCACAUUCUCCAGGAAUAUACAGCAAUAUUGGUCAUUGACAAUAUAUGACCAGGAACAAGAGUACAUCCUCCUGUGACAAUGAACCUGUUUCUGCAAACCAACUCUAGAUUGAAUCCAUGACAGUUCUGCUUUUAGUAAAGGUAGAUUUACUCAAUGUUUCUGAAGAAUGAUUUACAUUGGUGUUGGUAUUUAAUUAUGUUGAGGGGAUCUUUCCUAAAUAUCUGUACAAGAUGCAGAUUUUUAUUUUCAGAACAAAAUGUUCAAUUUUACAUUUAGUUAUUUAAAUUAAAAAGGUUAUUUUUGUUGAAUGAUUAUAGAGUAAAAAAACAUUUUAAAUGGUUGUAAACAAGUCAUGUUUCCAGAAAGUUCAAAAGCUCACCUCCAAAUCAGACUGGAACAUUAUGGACUUUUUCAUGUUAAUAAUACAAAUAAAAUUGGACUAUCUGUAUUUUUUUAAAUGUACAUUUACAGUAUGUGUUUUUAGAUGUCCCUUCAAAAACAUUGUUUCGAGCUGUAGUGGUGCUUUCUACUCUCGGUACUGUUUUGUCACAAUCAGUUGUUUGUACACUUUUGUUGUAAUGUUUGGAUUUCGUUUCAGGGUUUUGUCACUAUCAAUGUUAUGGAACAAGCGAUGCUAUGUUUUUAUCUUCCUGAAUCAGACAUGAGUCCAUUGGGCAUUUCUAUAAUUAUUUAAGUCAAUGAUGUGGAGGUGCAAUUGUCUGAUACUACUAUGGCCCUCAAACUAAACUUUGGACCUCGAAGCCAGUUACUCUUUUUUUAUUAUUAUUAUUAUUUUCUCUAAUCAGGGACUGAUUUUAGGUUUGUGCAAUUAAUUAUCAGGUAGAAUAGAACCGGAUAGGCGCCGGACCUCGUAGGGAAGGGGUGUCAAACUCAGUCUGUGGAGGGUCUAGUGUCUGCAGGUUUUUGUUUUUUUCCAUUCAAUUAAGGCCUAGACAACCAGGUGAUGGGGAGUUUUAUUAGUUAGUGACCUUAAUUCAUAAAUCGAGUACAAGGGAGGAGCGAAAACAAUUGAGACCUAGGCAACCAGGUGAGGGAAGUUCCCAACUAAUGAAUAACUUUAAUUUAGCAAUCAAGUACAAGGAAGGAGUGAAAAUAUGCACUCAGCCCUCCAAGAACACUCAGCCCUCCAUGAACACUCAGCCCUCCAUGAAAUUCGUUUUGACGCCUGUGCUCUACGACCAAUAUCUAGUCGUGAGAAAUAUCUUCUCAGUACUCUGUAAACGAUUACCAUGAUUCUAUUAAUAUAUUGGCACCUCAGCUCGACAAACACUGUUUCCGGGCAGAAAUAUUCUGACCUUUUAGCUCAAUGUUUGUUUUCACUAGCACCUGUCACCUAAAACGUGUAAACCAUGCUUUGAGUUUUAUAUACGCUGUGUUUUUUGUAAAAUCUCAAUGUUACAGGCUGAAGAAUGUGCAUUGCUGUGGAUAUUGCAACCGGUAUUGUCUCUCUCAUCUAGAAGGGAUAAUUUUGCUGCUAGGGGAAUGAUUCAGAUUAACCUUAAUGCUUCAACUUUCAAUCAAUAAUGAUAACCCUAAAACCUGCAAAUAGUUAUGCUUCCUAAUUUUCCCCUCCACUUACAAAGAAUCGGCUCAAUCAAAGCGAUUAAGUGUAUGCUGAAAUUCUUUAUUUUUUUUGUUAAGGUACAUUAUACCACCUGUUGACAUCUCUAAUCACCUGCUUUUUAUUUAAGUGUUUGAAACAAACCAUUUGAAACAAACCAUUAAGAGGCAUUUAGAACAUAUCAGACACUGAGUCUGUUGAACUUCCAGUGGAAUUGUUUCCUCAGGGAAAUGUGUAUUUGUAACGAAUCAAGAAAUAUAAUGAAGUUAAUUACCUAACUGAAUUAAAAACAAUCCUGUUGGUAAACAUUUUAUUACAGUUCUAUUGUAUGUAGAUUGCUUGUUGUGCUACCAAAUCCAAUCUCCCAACCCCUAAGAGGCUUCUCUGAGAAAAAAAAAAGAAAAAAAACUUUUGUAAACGUAGAUUACUUAGCAAAUUUUUGUACUUGUAAUUUAUUUGUAUUUAUUUGUAUUUCUUUACUUAGGAUUGUGUUUCUAAUUUCUUUCGUUUUCUUUUCAAUAAAUGUGGUUGUCAAAUAAA